CAGAGUAACAAAUCAGGAAUUUCCCUCCUGCCACUACUGAGAGCGAAACAGCAGGACCAAAGUUACGGAUUAAGCCCUCAGAGAGCAACAAGCGUUUUCCUGAAGGCUCUAAUUGAUCCGCGCGUUCCGCUGCGCCAUAAAGGGCAACGUCAUAAGGAGAAAAAGUUUCUCUUUUUUUCAGCGUCCCAGUGAGUGUUGCGGUUUUGCGUGAUGGCCUCCUUUAGACGUUUUCGUGUAAUUAAUAGCGCACUGCGGGAGAAAGAAAAGCAAUCAGCAAGAACAUUGUAAUCUUUAAACUUGGCUUUUCCCCCCUUUUUUUUAAGUAGUGCUUUUGGAUUUGCUGCUCACUUUUCCUGAGUUUGUCGAUGGCGCAGGAGGUAGCAACUUUUUAAGACACCUUUUUCUUUGGGGAAAGCGUUGGAUUUUGUAGUUUUUAAAACUGUUCGUGUGGAUUAUGUGCUUGGCUGCAGAUGUUUAAGGUCCAGUGAGAAGCCAUCGCCAGCUUCGAAGAAGGAAAUGUGGAGUAAAAAGGGAGUCUAGAAGGAUGCUGCCACUUGUACAAUGGAAGUGAAGAACUAUUUAGUGGUUGUCGCCGUGGUUUGUCUCUCUUUUUGCUCUUGUUUCAGCCAAGAACUUAAUCCUAAAGGCAGGAAUGUCUGCAAGACAUCUGGACUCACAGGGUUUACGUGCUGCAGCGGAUGGGGGCAGCUAGGGGAUGAAUGCCUGACACCUCUCUGUGAAGGCAAUUUCACCUGCAAUGAUAAUGAGGUGUGUGUCAGGCCUAAUGAAUGUCGCUGUCGUCAUGGAUAUUUUGGAGCUAGCUGUGACACAAAGUGCCCUGCCCAGUUUUGGGGCCCUGACUGCAAGGGAAAAUGUAACUGUUACCCCAACGGACAGUGCGAUGACUUGACCGGCAAGUGUACCUGCAACCACAAUCGCUGGGGACAAAACUGCGAGAAUGUGUGCUUAUGCCAAAAGGGCAAGUGUGAUCAAGACACGGGCAAAUGCACGUGCCAUCCUGGUGUUUGGGGCCCCCAGUGCAACAAUAAUUGCUACUGCAGCAUCAACUCUGUGUGUGACGCAAUGACGGGACGGUGCCUGUGCAGCCCCGGUUGGACUGGGAGGAACUGUGGUAUCCAGUGUAACUGUAACAACUCUCCGUGUGACCAGUUCACGGGACGCUGCCAGUGUCGGGAGAGGCUGUGGGGUCCCAGAUGUGAGCGAUACUGUCAGUGCAUUCAUGGCAAAUGCAACCAGGCUGACGGCUCGUGCACCUGCACACCAGGGUACCGUGGGAAGUUCUGCAGAGAACCAUGUCCUGCUGGGUUUUAUGGGCAAAACUGCAGGAACAGGUGUGGUCACUGCAAGGGCCAGCAGCCAUGUAAGGUGACAGAGGGACGCUGCAUCACUUGCGAGAGGGGCUGGAAUGGGACCCGGUGUGAUCAGCUCUGCUCCAAAGGCUUUUUUGGUGAAAACUGUCAGGAAGUGUGUCCCAUCUGUAAAGAUGGCCACCACUGUGACCCCAUUCAGGGGAAGUGCUUGCACUGUAACCCUGGCUGGAUUGGGGACAGGUGUGAGGUGCGCUGCCCCAACGGCACGUAUGGCGAGAACUGUGAGAAUAACUGCAGUCAUUGUUUUAAUGGCAUCUGUCACGUUGUCACAGGAGAGUGUCUGUGUGACCCGGGAUUUUAUGGGACAUACUGUAAUAUGACUUGUCACCCCGGACAGUACGGAGUGAAUUGCAACCAGACCUGCUCUUGUCACGACCAGAACUGUGAUCCCGUGUCUGGCGCCUGCUAUCUCCAACCGAACCAGCGGAUGGGUGUAAUCGCAGCUGGAAGCCUGGUCUCUUUUUUGCUGAUCGUCCUCCUCUCCCUGCUGUGCUGCUGCUGCCUGUGUCGACACAAAGACGACCACAACAAAAAAGCCAAACGGAUCCUGUGUGGACGAUUUAACCGAAUCAGCACUAAACUUCCCCGUAUUCCACUGAGGCGACAGAAACUGCCCAAAGUAGUUGUUGCCCACCAUGACCCAGAGAACAACUUCAACUGCAGCUUCAUCGAGCCGCUCUCAGCAGCCGAACAACCCUCCCCCUCCUCAUGGUCGUCCCAGGAGUCUUUCUCUUCCUUUGAGAGUGGAGACGAGGGGCCAGUUUACUGCGUGCCUCAUGAAGAGUCUGUGAAUGAAGGCAAAGAGAAGAGAACGCCAAGCCCUGUAGCAGAGAAGCCAGAAGCGGUCCCUAAUGAUGAUGAUGCAGGGGAGUACACAUCUCUGAAAGACACCAGCAUCACUAAAACAGAAGGAAGUGAGCAGCUCCUCCUAAAGGCAUCUGACAGUGAAGGCUCCACCAGUGGCUCUGAGUCUACAACGGCAGCUCUCUACGCCCGCAUUGCUCGCCUUUCAAAACAGUCCAAGGAGGACGAAGCCAACAUCAAGGAUGGAGAUGGCACUCCUACCCCAGAAUCCAAGCGAAAUGGAAAGCCACCACCUUCACCUGGAAAACCUAAGCCUCGUCCACCAGACCCAUCCACUAAGCCCAAGGUGUCAUGGAUCCAUGGAAAUACAAUAGGGUCUCCACAGACAGAGCAGCAAGGGCAAGCGGGGAUGAAGUCACUGACAGUCCCCAACGAAAAGAAGAGGAGCUACAGCAAUGGGUCAACCAGGAGCGAGGAGCGACACAAAAUGAGGGAGAAGAGUCAUGAGAUGCAAAAGAAGCAGGAGGUGAAGGAAGCAAAUGCCAAUGGUUGCCCCAACAAGCACAAACCUCUGCGAGGAAAGAGGUCAAGAGAGGAGCACAGCAGUCCCAGUCAUAUGGAGCACAUCAAUGGUGUGGUGCAGAAUGCCCUCAAAAAGAUUAGUAACUUUCAUAGUUCCUCCUCUGAGAAGAAGAGCUCUGAGAAUCCAAGAGAGUCCCCUAAAGAACCACCAAAGAGUCCCAAGGUCAUUCACCCUCAUAUGAACUCUGAGGCUGCCACACUCCUGGCUGCUCAGCUCAAAGAAAAAACCCAAAGUAUCAACAGGAAUGAGGGCACAGGCCUAACAAAGACCAAUGGUCUAUCAACACCCAAGAGCAACAGGGAUAAGCCUGAACCUCCGCAGAAAGCUAAGAGGAACCCCUCCAUUGGUGUGAACCAGCAGGGCUUCACCAAGCCCCUUUUGCCCACCUCGAGCAGCCUACAGAAGAUGGUGGCACCCGUUACUACCGACCUUGGGACACCUGAAACCAAGAGCCCCGAGAAGCAGGACUUGAACGGCUCCAAGACAGGAGACCCGUUGUUGGAUGCUACACCAAAGAAGACUCCCAUUAAAAAGCCACCCAGAAAGAAAGGCAAAGAGGGUACUUUGGACAUGUCAGAAAAUAAAACACCCCAGCAAAAGACUGCCAUUAUGCCACCACAAAUAGUAAAAUAAAUGUUUUAAAAGCAAAUGUUCAAAGGUGUGAUGGAUUUUCAAGAGGCUAAAGCUAAUCUUUUUGGGAACCACAGAGGUUUUUCAUUAAAGGAAUUUAAACAUUUUUCCCAGAUCUAUGACUUCAGGACCAGUCAGAAAGAGAGAAAUGUCUUUUGACCAAUGGUAAUAUUGAGUCAUAUUGGUGAGUUGUAUUAUAAUGACCUCUAUACGCCAUUGUAUUACAUUUUAUGUUUUUUGUUUAUUUUAUUUUUUUUUUGUAUAAUUGCAUAUGUAUCAUUCUUAUACCACAACCUGUGGCAAGGCUAGACACAAAUAUGAGAACUGUAGCCAGACAUUUUCUACAAUGGCACACAGACAUAAGACAGUUUAUUCAUCUAUGUCACUGCAAUAUGUCCACCACUAUAUUUAUAUAUGAGUUACUUUUGAAUUUACAUACUUGUAAUUUGCAAUACCGUUUUUUUUUGCAGUGUUUUGUGUACGUUCUCCACGGGUACUACUGGUACUGAAAGUUGCAAGAAAAUUCGAUUGUCAGAAGUCUGCAAGUUAUUAUUUACCUGUUUCAAUGGACAAACACACAAGGCACAAAAUAAUAUUUAGCUCGAGCAAAGGUGUAUGUAACAAGUCAUGUGAAUUUGAUCAAUCUCUUUUCUUAAUGUCAAAGCUAGUCUUUGCAGAUGAAGGCAUGAACAGCAGCUUGUGUCAUUGUAUUAAUUUACACGUUUCAGGUUGUUAUAUAGUUUUACCUGUUAAGCUUUUUUUGUUGAGAUUUUUGUUUAAUUUUUUUCCAUCCCUAUUUUUACAACCACAUUUAGAAUACUAUUGUAUGUCAUGCUGUUGACCCCCAAAACGUGAAUCUGCUGCAAAUCGUGAAUUAUCCACAAACCAUUAAUGAUACUUUACGCAAACCAUGCAUAUCCGCGAACCGUUAAUAAUUUUGCUGCAAAUCGUGAAUAAAUUAUCCCACAAAACGUGAAUGUAGGCCUUGCAAAAUUUAAGUCACAAAACAUGAAUAUCAUUCAUGAUAUGCAUUUUCUCUCAGUAUAAGUACUUUACGGUUUUCAGUGAUGCAGAACAGUUACUUCAGGAAAUCUUGAUCGCAAACCCUUUCUCUGCAAAAAUGUUUUUGUUUUUUUUCAGGGGGCCAGGGGUGUUGCUACAUCUGAUGAGGCGAGGAGCUGAUCCCCGAGCGGACUUUCGCUUGUGGUGUCAAAUGUCUGCUGGGGGGUGACCUGCCCUGGGGACAGUGGCAGGUGGGAAGCUUGACUGGGGUGGUACACCUGUCAAACGGUAAUGCAGGUGUCCUAUAAGGCAAACUCAGGGAGGACAGAAACCUCCUGUGGAGCAGAAGGGCAAAAGCUCGCUUGAGCUUGAUUUUCAGCAUGAAUACAGACCGUAAAAGCGGGGCUUCACAAUCCUUCUGACUUUUUAGGUUUUAAGUAGGAGGUGUCAGAAAAAUUACCACAGGGAUAACUGGCUUGUGGCGGCCAAGUGUUCAUUGCGAUGUCACUUUAUGAUGGCGACUCUUCCUAUCAUCAUAAAGCAGAAUUCACCAAGUGUUGGAUUGUUCACCCACUAAUAGGGAACAUGGAAGAUCCACUGCACUGCCGCACAAUUUGUUGUGCCAGUGCGUCUCGCUUUGUCCCACUUAAUGCCACAAUAUAUAAAAUAAUAAUUUCGUAGCUGAUGAUGCAUUUGCUGUCAGAACUUGACUGAUAAAUCAUUCUCUCAUCGCUCCUAGAAUCACAGAGAAAUGAUCUACAGCUGAUGUUCAUGCUUGUCAUGUGCUGGAGAAUGCAUUUGCAAUCUUGUCU